AUGGAAAACCUCGAAUUGAAAAAUAUUUGUAAACUGUUGGAAGAAUAUUAUUUUAAUACUACCAUCACAGUACAGAAUGACAGCUGUACAACGCAUUUACCGAUAGAAUAUAAAUCGGAAUUUCAAAAAAAACAGUUUUGGAAAUUAUUAAAAGAGCAUGAGAAGGAGUUGAUUGAUUUUGUAGCAACCACUACAACCAUUAAUUCAGAAAAUGCCGAUUUGAUCUUACAAUUCAUAUUUUUCGCUCAUUAUUGUGGUUAUCUUGAAUUGGUGCGAAACAUAUUUGAUCGUAUCAAUAGUCAACAUUUGCAAAAUUUACUCAUUUACUCAUUAAGUAAUUAUUGUUCAUCAAAUGAAAUAGAAAUCUGUAAAAAAUUGGGAGCUCCGUUACUUUCAAAAAAGACAUCCCUCUUUGGAUUGAUGAACAAGAAAACUAAAGAAAUUAUUAUUGAUUCUAUGUUUACAAACGGCGAGAACCGAUAUUCCUUUAGAUUUUUAAAAUACUUUUUCAAUGAGUUUCAGGAUCUUUCAAAUAUUGAUCUUUACUCUAUAUUCAAAGCGAUUCUCAACACGAUCAUUAUUUGGAAGAAUGACGAAUCAAACAACAAACGAAGAAAAAUGACAACAACCACGUCCAUUUCCAGAUACAACAACUAUAGAUUUAAUUUACGGACAAUUAUUUAUUUAAGCGAUCGCAUCAAAAUUCGUCAACUCUUAUUUGAUGCUAUCCUCUCUGUAAUAUUUUCGGAAACACCAUCUGAACAAUUGCAAACUCUAAUUUCACACUUAUUGGAACAUGAGAUUUUAAAAGAUGAGGAAAUGCAAAUUCACAUGCUAGAAUGGUUCAGUAAUAGAGACAACAAUACUAUUCAUCAGAUAUUUAAUUGUCUGUCUUCUAUACAACAAGCACUGAGUGACGUGAAAUCUACAUCAAUGCUCAUCUCAUCACACUCAUUUAAAACCAAAAUCAUGGAACGAUAUUCGAAUAUUUUCUUCUCAGAAGAGGAAAUCUUAUUGAAGAGGAUUGAUUCCUUAAAUGAUGAUAUAGAGGUCAUUUUGCCCUUAUUAGAAGGAAAAUCCAUCCAGGAACUUGUGUCUUUGUUAGAUUGCAGCAUGAGACAUGCAGGAGAGGAAUUAUCUAAUGGUACUUUAUACUGUGCGACAUUUCUUAUACAAAGUUUGUUCAACAAUCCAAACAUUUCUGUGAACGAACUAGAAGAAUUGCUUCAAAAGAUUCGAUUACAACUGAUGGUAUUUGUUGGAUAUUGUGUUAAGGAAUACUGUGAAUGGUAUCGAGAGAUAUUACCAUCAGCAAUAAUUCCAAAAAUGCCAUUACAAAAGGUCAUACGAAAAGAUGCAAUUUAUUCUCUCUUUUCAAUAGUUAACACACUUCCUGUCUUGUUUUUUGAAACAUCAGUCUGCAGUAACCCAUCUUCUGAUAUAUCUAUGCAUUCUUUACCUCCAACUAUAGUUGUAUUACUUUCUAAACUCUAUUUAUUCACAAAAGUAUUGGAAUAUGAAGGAUGUGGUGAGGUGGUCAAAGAUUUCUCUGAAAAAAUCCUGAAACUCAUUGACUAUUCGAACACUGAAUAUAUGAAUAACCAUUUAACUGUUGAUGACAUCAAAGAGUUAUUUUCUGGAGCACUACAUAUUGCUUAUUGCAUUUCUAUAGACCAGGAAAAUCCAGUCAAAACACCUGCAACAAAAGAACAGCGAGAUCUCAUCAAAGCUAUUGCCUCUCUCUUUUUGAAAGAAGAAGGAUUGGACGUUCCUAUAGCCAUUGUAGAAUUUAUCAACUAUUUAUCCUAUACCAUUCACAAGAGUAGUGAAAAUACGACUGAACCAAAGAUUGCUUCUGAGUAUAUCAUGUAUUUGAUUCCCAGACUUGCUGUGAUUAGAGAGAGAUCUAAACUUGUAUUAUUUGAAAGCACAGAGCAAGGAUUGUUUAAGGCAGAAGUACCUCAAUCUCUCUAUUUUCUAUGUGGAGCCAUCAUAGAGUCUCAUGCUCAUCAUUUCAGUUCAACAAUUACACAAGAUACUGACAACAAGAAGACACUUUGUUUUCUCUUUAUGGAUGAAUGUUUGAAAAUUGUUGUUUACUAUUAUUCAAAAGCAAUUCCAUUAUUUGAAAAACUCAUGACAGAACCAAAUAUAACCAAUCUCUCUCACUAUGACCUAUUGUAUUUGAAAGCAAGUCGUUUAACCAUGUCUUUCUUCUGUCCCUUCACUUUGAAGUUGCCCUUGACAAGAAAAGUGGAAGUGCUCACCGAAUUUGUUGCCAAAAAGAUACCCAACAGUGAAAGAAUUAAUCCAAAUGAUGAGAUUGCUCUUCAACGAUUAGAAUCUCCUUCACUUUUAACUCUCUUCUAUCAUUGUCUUAAUUUGAGAAAUUUCUUUUUUAUUAUUUCAUAUGAAACUUCAACAGUUGGAAUCAAAUUAUUGGCUGGUAUGGAAAAGAUGAACAAUAUGGCUGUCGAUUUUUCCAACUAUCUCAAUAGUUUUAUUAGUGUCGCUUCGGAACAUGCCUCAACCAGUAGUAGAACAAACAAGAUUGAUAUUAGUAUUUCUGUGAGCUUGUGUAAAGUUAUAUUUGGAAUUUUUGAACAAUACAUUCAAGCAAAAGACAAGAAGAUACUCUCAAAGUUUGAGAAUUGGCCAAAAUUUGUGGAUACCACUCUUCAACUCUUUGACCCCUCAUUAGUGUCUGUCUUAAUUUCUUCUCUUCGAAAAGUUUAUUACGAGAUUGUUGAUAUUGACAGCGUAGUUUGGCAUUUAUUGGAAAAACUUUCACAAAGUGACUCUUCUCAUCCGUAUUUUCACUUUUUAGAGGUUUUGGAAAAAUCAAACGAAGAAGGUGUGAAUUUUAUGACCAAAUAUAACUCGGUCAUUAUUUUAGAGAGGGCCUUCAAAAACACGACACCCUUGCUUCUCGCUCAAUCGAGAUCGGAUAUAAUUGACACCAUUCUUAACUUUUGCAAAAAUCAUCGUGUCUUGUAUAGAUUGUUGGGAUUGGUGAAUGUCAAGGCAAUCGCUGAUGACUUGAAAGAGGAAAGCUUGAUGAACUAUUUCAGUUAUUAUGAAAGUCUAUUAGGCACUCUAUAUCCACUGUUAUCCAUGAUUCCAAUGAAUGAAGAAUAUGCCAUGGAAUUUGUUUCAAGAAGUCAAUUACCCAAGUGUCUGAUUGUAUUCUUACAAAAUAACCAAAAGCAUAUUAUCAAGAAACACCCAAAACUGUUGGCUUGCAUUUUCAAAAUCUAUGAAAAAUCUUUGCAAAUCUUUGUCACAUUUGCUAAAUUGCAUCCAACAAAUCAAAAAUUGGAAGAGACAAGAAAUGAUCUGUUUUCAAAGACUUUUGUUUUCAUUGUGAAAUUUUGCUUUGAAAGAAUACAGCCAGCCAAUCAGCAAACAUUCUUUUGGAGUCGACCUGAUGAUGAAGAGAGAGAAGUACCAUGCUCAUUUGUAAAUAUUUUGAAAGCGAUCACAGACGCAGCAACCAACAUGGCCGUUCCAAUUGUUUCUACCCUAUUCAAAGAUUAUCUUCAAACUCUAAAAGAGAAAAAUGUAACUACUAUUCUUCAAAAUGUUGAAUUGCCAACAGCAACCUAUCAGCAAAAAGUGAAAUCUAUAAUUUCAAAAUUAACAGAUUCAAACAAAGUUUCAACGAUCCUUCCUCAAGUGUCAAGUGCUCUCAACAGUGGCAGUUCUACAACCCCUCACAAGGCAAUAUACUCUAAAUUUCCAUCCUUUGCCAAACCACCAAAUAUCACUUCUACAAAUUCUACGAAUACUCAUUCCGUACCAAAUUCAUCAUCUCCAAACAAUGCGGUAAAGCAAAAACAAGUCGUUGUAACCACUCCUUCUGCGACAUCUUUGACCAAUGUACAACAGGUAUCAUCAUCAAACAACAGUGGCACCACUCCUCCAGCGAAUGCUUCUAAUAAGCCAGUUUUUGUACCACCACGGCAAGUAUUCCGUCCACCUCCUCGAAAGCAAUAA